UUUUAUUAAACUCUGGCUAAACCACGUUAUCAUGAAUACUGCACUGUUGGUUUUGAUUUUGUCGACACCGUGGCGUGAAUACUCCUCUCGGUAGUGCAUAACCGAAUUCCGGCCGAUGUAACCCUCAUCGAUACAAGGCACGAUUUUUCCCUCGUCGUUUGGUCCAUCCCGACGUGGAGGCUGGGUCACCACGUCCGCUCUCUCGCCAGCACAACCGUAUUUUUCACGCCUCUCUUGCCAGGUUCUCUUCCUUCUCUCUCUCUCUUUCUCUCUCUUCUUCUCUCUUUUUUUUCGUUUGCGUUCGAGGCCCGUUAUCGUCGUGGACGAGCACAUGCGUCGAAUAUGCUGGCGACGCGUCCAGUCGCGGCCGGUCGCCCGUUAAAAUCCGUCGAUUUUAUCGGGAGUACUCUUCUCCGCGCUUCUAGGUCGCGAAGUCGUGGUAUAAAAAAAAAUAAAAGAGGUCGGCGGAAGAGCGAGAGCGACGCCGGUAAGCCGAGAUGACGGGCGCGCACGCCGAAAAAUACGCUCGUUAACUCGUUAUACGUUUGGGAAAGAAAGAGAGAGAGAGAGAGGCAGAAAGAAGGACAAGUCGGUGAUUUUAGCGGGGAUCGCUUGACGUUUUAUAACGGCGCAACUUUGCGGAUCGGAUGUACCCGGCGAAGGAAAUAACGGUGGGAUUUGCGAUGCAAAUGCCGCAUUAAACGGAGGCUAGCUGAAAAAAACCUCCGGAGAGACCCGUGUGGCUGAACGCACGACGAGAUAAACGUGUAUUUUUACACGAUGGUGGAUAUAUUAUACUUUGCCUCAUACUCAUGCGCUGACUAAUUUUGUUGAUGGAAUAUGGCAAUAUUCUCCGCCGAGUAUGCUUCUUAUCACUAUGCAUUACCGUCCAUCAAACGGAUCCACCGGAAAGUACCCCUUCAAGAAUGAAAAAACUUGCGUAAAAAGUUAUGUGAAAAUGGCGAAAAACGAAGGCUAAGUAAAAUAUCGCGAAGCACAACAGAAUCGAGAAAUAAAAAAGAUCGAAUUACGUAAUCCAUUUACCUUUGAAGGUAUUGCAACGACGCGCAUCAUCAUUACGCGACAUUGUUAGCUGUCGAUUGUAUCGGCUUUGUAACCUUACGCAUCUCAACUAACGUAUUUGUGUGCAAAAAAUAGAAAAAAACAAAGUUCAUCGACAAUAUCGACAAUAUCGACAAACAAGAGGCCCUGAUAUUUAUCUUCUUAUUCGACUUUUUUCAAAUUUAGCUCAUCUUAGUUCAGCUGCAAAUACGUUGAAUUAAUCCUGUCAUCGAUGUUAAAACGUGCUCUGCGAUAUAAGAACAAAUUUACGACAUCGCAAUCCGGGACAUAAUCCCGUGCAGCGAAAAAGCGAUGGAUGAGUCCGCGACAACGGUGUUGUCGCUGCACCGUGUGUCACAUUUCCACGUGUGACGUACCACGCGAAAGGUCUACUUCCAGGUCAACCGAUGGAACGAAGACAGUCGUGAAUGAUGCCGCGCGUUUCUUCAAUAAGUGAAAUCGGCCAGGCGAUUUACCUGAUAACGUGAGAUCCGUCUGGGUUUCGAGGAAGGUUUUUCGAGAAACCGAUCUGCGAGGCGAAUCUGUCUCUCGACUUGACCGAAUGAGAAGAACGAGAAGUGGAAAGCGUGCGAUGCAUAUAUUAUAGUAAAUAAAAUGAUCAAAUGAUGUCACGCGAGAUAUUCUGAGAAUAUAUAUUUUCCCCUAUUUUUAUCUUAAGAUCUCGAAGUCGUGACUGUAACUAUGCUGUACACAGCCAGCAUAAAAGCGUCCAAAGUAACCAGCAAUAAAAUACAUGCAGAAUCAAAGAUACCAUUAGCCGUUCAAGAAAAGAGAACUAAAAUGGUUUCCAAAGCUCCCGCGAGCUCAAAGUUUUGCUGUUUGACAGCGGUAUCAGUCGAGUUAAUUCGAGUUUCUCGAGAGAUACUCCUGAGAGAGGAGCCUUAAUCUGUGCAUGAGAUGCUUUAACUUAUUCCGGGAUAAGCCCGGGAAAUGCGCGAUAACUCAUUUAUAUUCCUCUUCUUUUCCCCGGGCCGCCUUGUGUUCCAUGCAAAGAAACGCUGCGGCCCAUCGAAAGUCCGAUAAAAUAACAGCAUCCGAUCAUGCAUGUUCAUCGAUGGAGGGAAAAAAAGUGGCGCCUCUCGCUCGACACGUCACGCACCUUUCCCCUUCUCUUCUGCCGACAUUUCCCCAGAGUGUUGCCGGUAUAAAUCAUGUGUCGUACGGCACGCUUUAUCGUAAGGAAGUAUUUAUCGGGAGGAAGGGGAGGAAAGGCCACGGAUACCGUAUCCCCUCGGGGCCCAGUGCGUUGCGCGAUUUCACGGUGAGAGGAGCCGAGACGGAGCCGAGAACGACACGUCUGUGAGACUUCUUUGAGUUCUCGCAGGUGACCGCCACUGUCACUGCCACCGCUGCCGCUACCGCAUCAUCCCUCAUCAUCCCUCGAUCGACCCUUAUCGUUCGCCGAUCGAUAGUACGCUUGUCCCUGUCACCGCGGGCGAGAACCCGAGAUCAAACGCCACGAUCUUCAACCGAAGCAACCGAUCCGGGUUUCGGCAUGGCUGCGGCAAUCAAGGUCCUCGUCCUCACCCUCGCCUGCACCCUGCUCGCCACGGUGGCGGCGACCGAGUCGGAUGACGAUGCGCAACAAUCCGGCAGGUCGCGGGUCUCCGACGCACAGCUGAACAUAGCCCUGAGCGACAAGCGUUACUUGACCAGACAGCUUAAGUGCGCCCUGGGGGAGGCACCCUGCGACCCCAUCGGACGACGUCUGAAAAGUUUAGUGCCACUGAUUCUGAGAGGCUCCUGCCCGCAAUGCAACCCGGAGGAGACACGUCAGAUCAAGAAGGUCCUUUCUCACAUUCAGCGAUCCUUCCCGAAGGAGUGGAACAGGAUAGUGCAACAAUACGCCGGAGUUCCGUAAACGAGAUAUGAUAUAAUAUAAGCGAGCCGUCCACGACGAGGCUGUAUGUAUAGGGAUAUAGUAUAAUACGAAAAGGUACAAUGGGUAUUGUUUACGAGGAAUAAUAUCGAUCAUACUCGGUAUUGUUGUUAAAGUUGUAAAAGUAUAAUUCUGCUGCAAGUGAUAUCUGAAAUCAUCACGAAAUACAGGUAUCAUGUAUCAUUUGCGCUGGAAAUUAUAUCUGUUGAUAAUGUAUGUAUUAUUGUAUCUAUUUAUAUAAAAUGUUUGAUAUAUUGUAUAAUAUCAAUAAAAACU